CUGAGGCUGGGCAAUUUGAGGUUAUGAAUUUUAAUUCCAAACAGGAAGCGGUUGUUUUUUUGUUCAUUUAUUAAACAUUCAGUUAAUAAAAUUGUAAGUUUACAUUGUCUGUAUGUAGAUACAAUAAAUAUUAUCAGUGAAACAACCCUUAAUUUGAAGAAUAUAGCAACAGUCCCCAAAUCUAUGGUAAAGAAAGAUUUAUUUCCAUCACCAACACAAUGUUUGCAAAAGAGACUGAUAAUUUUAUGGUGGCCGUUCAGCAUGCAUUAAACCAACCAAUUCGAACAAGAUGUGCAGAACUUGCAGUUCUUUUAGACCGAGCUACAUUACUUGAACUUCACAAUUUCUUCCCCAUUCUUAUAGACAAUAUAUUCGGCCCACAAGGCACGAUAUCGUGGGGCCUUCGCACCAGCACUGAAGAAAACAGGGAAGACUUGAGAGAAUUGCAUCAUUUCCUGUCUCCUUGUGGGCCCCUUUUUAGGUUAAUUUAUAUUUUAUUGAGAGAUCCAAAUAUUAAAUAUGAAUUCUCUUUGACUUAUUUACCUACCAAAAUAAGGCAACUUCUAGAACAUUCUUCGGGUAAUCCGUUUUACUCAGAAUUAGUAAAUCUAAAUCCCCAAAGUAAACAGAUAACAUCAUUAUUAUUGAACCCUUUUGACUAUUAUUUCUUUCAUUUUGCCUAUCAUUUAGUCAAUCCUUGGCAGCAAAGAUCAGGUUCUUUAGUUACUUCAUGGAAUACUGUUUAUUAUGUGUUGUGCUGUGACUAUAUUUUACAUUUUCUACCCACUGAUCCAAAUGUAAAAAUUUUGCCAGACAUUUACUAUAACGGAAAGAACCCUAAUAAACAUAUUUCACCCCCAUCAAGUUCACAUAAUUCACCAAGAGGCUUUAGCUCAAAAGGCUUAGUCAGUCCUAUUGUGUUCAGCAAAACUGUAGAUGACAAUAACACAGUGAAUCUUGACAGAUACCAUCCAAGAAACGAAAUAUGGCGCAGCGAGACUGUGCUGACAGUUUUCACUGACAUGUGGCUGUGCAAUGACUCGGUCAGUCAAACUGUCAGCAAUAAUGAACUGAAUGAUUCCUUCAACAAACCCAUUUCAAUGAGACUGUACUAUAAUGAGCUUCCCACAGGAGAAUACAUGAGAAUUGUCAGAGUUUUAAUAAAACAGCUUCACGCAUUUUCUGACAGUUCAAAAUGUGAUGACACCAAUAUGUCUGAGUUAAAGAAAAUUUCUGUACCAAUGAUACAAGGGAAGUUUUAUGCUUUUUUGAGGAAUUUAAUACACAGAUGGCCUUUGGAUGGGUCAUUUAGGCUAGUUUUGGAGUUGUGGUUGACUUAUAUACAGCCUUGGAGGUAUCCGGCUACAAAUUUAGUUAAAAAAAUAAAUGUCACAGAAUUGAAUCAAGAUGCUGAAGAUGUAGCAUUUAAUUCUGAUAAACAAAAUUUGCACCCAACGAGAGAUCACCUACAAUUUAUUGCUGAAAAUUUAUUAUGUUAUGUGGUCAUUUUUGAGCAACUCCUUCCCAGGUUUGGAAGGGUGGACUUAGUAAGUCCUAAAAUGUCCUUGAUGCUUUAUAGAAUAACUAAGGUAUUUGAUCAACCAAAUUUGCCACAAUUUUUGAAAGAAAUUGAACAGUGCGUUGAGAAUCGGCAACCGUCACCCACUCAUCAGAAAUAUGCUGGUUUCCAGUCGGUUUUACCUUCUUUGUCCAUAAACAACAACUGGUCCACAACUUUACCAGCUUCCCCUAUACCUCAUCAUGCUGCUAGGAAUGGUAACGUAUCCUUUUUAAGUAGUACGGUAGCGCCGGUAGACAAGAAAUGGUCAGCCAUAACCAAACAGAGAAUUUUUGACUUGGAAGGACCCAGUUUUUGUUAUAAGCCUCUAUUUUCAAACCCACCAGCGCAAGAAAUAUAUGAACUGUUGUCACAAAUCAAAAAAUCUCAGAGAUUAGCUUAUGAUCUGAUCAGGAUGAAAGAACAGGAAGAAAAAGAACUUUAUUCGGGAUUUUGGGGAUCGAUAAAGUACUUUUUGCAAUCUCCUGCAUCAAAUGAUGAAUUUAGUCUGGAUGACAGGAAAAAAGUGCCGAUUUAUUUAGAGGUGGCUUUGGGAAACUUGAAAGACAUGUUUGAUAUCACUGAAGAGAUAUUUGAGGACGAACCUGAUACAAUAAAGACAGCCAACGGUAACGGUUUCGAGAUGUCACACGAUUUCAAAUUUUUAACGCCCGAAAAAGUGAGAAGCAGAGUUAAAACUAUUAAAUACGAAGGGGAUCCAGACUUAAUACCCAUUCGUAGUGACGAAAAUAAAUUUUUAGUUAGGACAUUGUAUCAAAUUUCACUACAAAUCAACGAAAAUUUUGGAGAUAGAUUUUACCAACUUUACCACAGCCCAUCCUACUGGGGCCGUUUUUGGAGACAGAUCCUUUGUCCUCCCAUUACCGUGCACAAAUACGACAAAUCCAUAAUGGGCUCUCCCAGGGUCGGUGUCAAUUUACCACCUAGAAUAAGCCUAAGACCGUGGGCCAGUUACAGAUUCCUAGGUUACCUGCUAUUCGGUGGAAUCGUAGCAUUGCUGUUUGGAUACAGAAUAGACACCUAUUUGGCGUUUUUAUGCAGUAUUUAUUUGUUAUACAAAUUGAUGAAGGCUGUGCCUUGUGGAAGUUCACCAAUGAGACAUAGUUAUCCCACUGAAGGAUUUGGCAACAUCAGUUUCAACGAUUCGUUUUGAUCUGAUACGGUUUCGUAUUAUUAUUAUUUAUUUAUAAGAGUAAUUUAUUUUUUAUUGUGGCUAAUUGUAAUUUUAUAAGAAUAAAUUGUUUUUUAUUGA